AGUACUACACGACCGUGGUACGACGCGACGGUGCGCAGCAUGACCUCAGCCAUACGGAAAAUCCUAUGAAAUGGCUCGUGCUGCGAAAAAACGAAGAAAUGAUCAUGAAGCCAACUCAUUUCAGCAGUCACAGAGGAAAGACUCCACGACGUUAGACUGUGAGCUUGGAACGUUUCUCAGGUGGUGCAGGGAUACGGGAAUUGAUGUAAAUAAGAAGGUCAUUCUGUGGCAAUCAUGCAGUCAACAGCGCCACCACAGCUGCCAGUGUGACACGCAAGUGCGAGUUCACGUGGGUACAGAAGGGUCAUGCAUUCGUUAUGGGAUGAUUGCCAUAGACAACAUUGCAGAAGGAGAGAUAUUGUUUACCAUACCCAGAGAAUGCCUUUUACAUCCUGACAAUUGCUCCAUCACGGCAUUGCUGCAACAAGGGGAAAGUGAGCUGCAGAGUGAGAGUGGCUGGGUUCCUCUUGUUCUGUGCCUCAUGUUUGAGUACACUUGUGCCGACUCUAAGUGGAGGCCAUAUCUGGAUCUUUGUCCUGACAGAAACCAGUUAGAUUUACCAAUGUUUUGGGACAGAGAAACAAUCAGCAAGGAAUUGCAGGGAACUGGUGUUCCAGACGUGGUUUACAGAGAUGUAGAGAAUAUCUGUCAUGAGUAUCAUUCAGUAGCUGUACCCUUCAUGAAAAAGAACCCAGAAUAUUUUGAUCUUAGUGUCCAUACACUAGAACUUUACAGAAAAUUGGUAGCCUUUGUGAUGGCUUAUAGCUUCACAUCACCCAAGCAAACGAGUGAAAGUGCUCAUGAAGAAUCAGUGGAUGAUGAUGCGGAGGAGGGGGUAGAUGAUGAAGCUGAAGAUGUACCCACCCUGCUGACUAUGAUGGUACCAAUGGCAGAUAUCUUGAACCAUGUAGCUAAGAACAAUGCCAGGCUACAGUUUGGUCAGUCAAGACUAAGCAUGAUAGCAACGAGAGAUAUAAACAAGGACGAGGAGAUAUUUAACACAUACGGUGAGCUUCCUAAUUGGCAGCUAUUGCAGAUGUAUGGAUUUGUUGAGAAGUAUCCAGAAAAUAUUUAUGACACUGUGGACCUUCCAUUGAUUCUGUUGAGAGAACAUCUGGAGUUUGAACUGGAUGACCACCUUGCCCAGGCUAAGUGGAACUUUUUGAGAGACACUGAGGAAAUGCUUGAUGACAACAUCAUUAUUGGCUUGGAUGGCAUCUUGAAUAAAUGGGAGACGUACCAAACAUUAAAGAUCUGUACUAUGACCUCUGCUGAUUUUAAGAAGCUUGAAACAUCUUUUGUUGAUGAAGAUCUUGACGAGGAAGGAGAAGAUGGUCAUAUUGAGGACAGCUUAGAGGAACUCUUUUCAUUUGAUGGACUGAUGGACUUGCCAUCUCCAUGGAGACAGCUUCUCAUGGUAUGUGCCACUAAACAUUUGAAGUCUUUCAAGAACACAAUGGAAGAGGACAUGAUGCUUGUCAGUGAAGAGAACUCUACAUGUAAUGCUUCAACAUUAAACAGGAGACAGAAGUAUGCAUGUUACCUGCGCAUUGGACAGAGGAAGUUGCUUGUGAAAUUGAUGCAAUGUUUGAAGACUGAGAGUGGCACAGGGAAGAAAUAAUAGACACAUGUACAUGUACAUUGUACAAUACAAUAUCAACACAGUCAGGAACAAGCAAAGACCAGAACCUACACUAGUCGAUGUGCAUGUUAAAUGGAAAAGAAUCAGCACUGGCAAUAGUUUUUGUAAAGAAAAGAGUUUUUACAAAAUGGUGUACAACUAAAGAGAAACACUUUUGCAAACUUUAAUUAACAGUAAUGUUUAAUAUAUACAUGUACUUUCACAGAUCGAAAUUUUGUUAAAGCCAGUAUGCGUCUGCAUGGAGCAAGUAGGUAACAUCAACUUCUAAUGUCUUAUUGGAUUAUGAAAAUGAGAGGGGUUGAUAAAGGCCCAUUGGUAUACAUGUAGAUUUCACAUGGAUGGUGAAUGUAUUCGUACAUUAUAAAGAGAUACUAGCCAGAAAGGAAUCCAAUCACCAUAUUAAAGAUUUGUGUUGAUCAUCUAUUAUGAGAUGUCAAUAAAAUGAAAGGUGCUAUUUUGGUA